GCCCCCUUCUCCGCCGCGCCCCGCCCCCACGGCAGGCGGCGGCCAUGGCGAAGCACGCGGGGGCUUCAGCGCGGUUCCGGCGAGUGGAUGUGGAUGAGUACGACGAGAACAAGUUCGUGGACGAGGAGGAAGGGGGAGACGGGCAGGCGGGGCCCGAUGAGGGAGAGGUCGAUUCGUGCCUGCGACAAGGGAACAUGAUGGCUGCACUCCAGGCGGCUCUGAAGAACCCUCCUAUCAACACAAAGAACCAGGCAGUGAAGGAUCGCGCAGAAAGUAUUGUCCUGAAGGUCCUCAUCUCUUUCAAAGCCAACGACAUUGAGAAGGCGGUGCAGUCACUGGACAAGAACGGUGUCGACCUGCUGAUGAAAUACAUCUACAAAGGCUUUGAAAGUCCCUCGGAUAACAGCAGUGCUGUGCUGCUCCAGUGGCACGAGAAGGCCCUGGCUGCUGGCGGAGUAGGGUCCAUCGUCCGCGUUUUGACUGCCAGGAAGACGGUUUAAAUCCAGCAGCGAGUGGUUGUCUGCCAUCCACGGCGUGGGAAAUGCUGGUACAAAACCUGACCGACCAAAUGCCAUCGCUGUCCCGCGGGCAGCACCUGUCUCUCGAGCUUGCCUUCUUCCUGCUUCUUGCAUACCUGACAAAUAACGCAUAUCGUGAUCUCUCUUUUUUUUUUUUGUUAAAUUCUGGAGAAUUAUGAAGGUGCAAUUUUAUUUCUAACAGGAAUAUUUGGUACUCGCGAACAUUUCAGUGACAUGUAUAGCAACAUACACGACUUUGUGUUUAGGGUGUAUAAUUAGUAUUAUAAUAAGCAUUUGUGUAUAAUUAUCACAAAUUUGGACCUGACUUUCCAAGCAAAUGCUGAGGGACGUAGGGGAACAUCUUAAUUCUUUUUGCUAGCCAAACAGUGUUUUGAUGCAAGAUCUGUCUUUGCAAAGCGGGGCAGCUAUUAAUGCACAUAACUGGACCACGUUUCCUUUGGUCAGCCUCAACCCACACCCGUGAAUUGGACACAAAGCAAGGGCUCCCUUCCAACUUCGAUUAUCAUUCCAGACUAUUUUCCUUAAACUCACACCUCGCGGCCUGUUCCGGUUCCUUGUGAGCAGUCAAAUGCAGGGCCCGCAGUGGGAAAGUCACAACGGGAUGAAGUUGUCCGUCAUGCAGUUUGGAUGGUAGAAUUAAAAAGGUUGAUGGUCCAUUUAUGCCGGAGCCCAGCGCAGUGAACUCUUUUUAUUUUGAGGAGCAAAGACCCUGCAAGGAAGAAGAAAAAGCAGCUUUCACACACCAAAUCAUCUUUCAGCAACUUGAAAGUGAUUUGAUUUUGUCAACCACAACAAAGUGGCUGCCUGGGGUAACCUGGGAGGUGCACACUGGUGUCCACACCAGCCUUGCAAAGCUCCCCUGUUUUGUUUUCUAGAUGUACAGGGUCUUAAGAGGAUACCAGACAGUCGCACCGUGCCACAGUGUGUUAGCUAGUGGGCAAAUCGGCUUCCAAAAUAAAGAGGAGUAUUUUAAAAAGAAUUAAGAAAGCCCAGGGCAUCCCAGGCCACAGAUCAUUGUUGAAGGUUUAGGGCCAGGACUGAAAUAGAUGUGGUUUACAUUCACCAUUUUACUGCGGUUCAGUUGUGUAAAACUGUUGGGGAACUCGUGAAAUCUUUGCUGUUUUUUGAUAUCCGCUUUUUUUUGUAAUAAUAAUCCAGACCAGACAAUAAAUUGUCACUGAAUAUUUA